CAGACGCACAGCACACAAACCACACGGCUUAAAUUUGUUUUCUACAGACUGUUAGAUAAUAUUUUUGUUCAAUGGCUACAGUAGUGGCGCAGUCACAUUAUGUAUUCGGAUUGCGGACAGGCGUGAGGAAUAAUUUAUUGUAUUUUGAUGAGCAAACCGUCAUAUUUCCGUGUGGAAACAACUGCGUGCGCUAUAACGUCAAUCAGAAAUGCCAAAAGUUCAUUCCAGGUACUGAGAGAAGUCAGGGCAUGCAGGCCUUGGCCAUCAGCACAAACAGGCGUUAUCUGGCCGUGUCUGAAUGUGUAGAGAAAGCCACCAUCACUGUGUUUGAUCUCCAGCACGAGCAGAGCAGGAAGAGGAAAGCGCUGACUGGAGGAGAGAUCCCGGUGGACCAGUUUGUCUGCAUGGCCUUUUCCCCUGACUCCAAGUAUCUGAUCGGGCAGGCAGGCGGGCCAGACUGGACUCUCUUUCUCUGGAUGUGGGAAAAGAAGAAGGUGAUGGCCACUGUGAAGACAAGCUAUGAUGGCCCCAUAAACCAGAUCAGCUUCAACCCUGAGGACAACACACAGAUCUGUGUGAGUGGCAACGGCGUGUUCAAGAUCUUUCGCUAUGCUGGAGAAACACUGAAACAGUCCAGCACAUUUAAAACAGACACGCAUCACUUCCUGUGCCACACCUGGAUGUCCACGGAGCAGGUGAUUGCUGGCACAGACGCAGGUCAGCUGAUGAUGUUUGAGUCCGGCCGUCUGCGCUGGGAGAUUAAUGUGACGCCCGUGCAGGAGCUUUACAGUCAGUCAGAAAAGCAGGACACUAGCGAGACCUUCUCCUCACUGCCGCGGGUGACAGCCAUUGUAGGUUAUUCUAACGGCUUCGCUUGCUCCACUGGUCCUGGCACUGUGUGUUUGUUUGAGAAAAGAGAGGAGGAAGACCAGUACAAGAAGACCAGAGAAAUAAAGAUUCCUCCAGAACUGUUCAGCAAUGAUCCCAGUUCUGCAGAGCAGCAGGAAAUCAGCACUUUGUGCAUCAGUCCGUCAGAAGAGACCCUGGCCGCCAGCACAGACCGCGGCCAACUCUACAGCAUCAGCCUCUCUCUAGCCGAGCUGAACAAGGGUGUUUUUGCUCAGUUUGAGCACCUGUCUCUGUCCCACUCCAGCGUUAUCACAGGUUUAUCCACCUGCAUCCGUAAGCCGCUCAUCGCCACCUGUUCCCUGGACCGCUCGGUGCGCAUCUGGAACUUUGAGACCAAUGUUUUAGAGAUGUAUAAGGAGUUCCAGGAGGAAGCCUACAGCGUGGCUCUUCACCCGACUGGACUCUACAUCCUGGUGGGAUUCUCAGACAAACUCCGUCUCAUGACUCUGCUCAUCGAUGACAUCAGGACUUUCAAGGAGUUCACUGUACGCAGUUGCCGUGAGUGUGCGUUCAGCCACGGGGGCCACUUGUUUGCUGCUGUCAAUGGAAACGUGGUCAACAUCUACUCCACUACCACAUUUGAGGACGUCCUGAAUCUGAAGGGACACAACGAAAAAGUGCGGUCGAUAGCGUUCAGCGCGGACGACAGCCGCCUUGUGUCGUGUGGCAUGGACGGGGCUGUGUAUGAGUGGAAUACUCUCACCGGUGCGCGAGAGUCUGAGAGCGUCCUCAAGACGUGCAGCUACACAGGAGUGACCAUCUCCCCCGACGCGAAGACGUUCUUCGCCGUCGGGACAGAUUGCUCUCUGAAAGAAAUCCACGACUGUCAGAUCCUUAAGGAAGUGCGUACAGGUGAUGUGGUUUGCACCACUGUUGCCAUGUCCCAUUCAGGACGAGUUCUAUUCAUAGGUACUUCCACUGGGACGGUGAGGGCAAUCAAAUACCCUCUACCCAACCAGAAUGACUGGAUAGAGUACCAGGCCCAUGCUGGCUCCGUCACUAAGAUGGUUAUCACUUUUGACGACCAGUUCCUCAUAACUGUCUCAGAAGACAGCUGUAUUUUUAUCUGGAAAAUCAUCGACAAAGAAGGACAAGGGUUGAAAAGAGAGAAGGAAUUAAUAUAUGCAGAAGAGAUUCUCAUCACCAAAACAGACCUUGAGGAGAAGAAUAAAAUAAUGCUGGACCUGAACUCAAGAGUGAGGGAGCUCCAGGAGAAGAACAAGUACCAGCUCAGCCUCAGGGACAUUGAAUACAAAGAGAAGAUCAAUGAACUCAUGGAAAAAUGUGUCCAACAGAUCAAUUCACUUAAUGCUGAGAAAGAGGUCCUGAAAGCAGAGAAAGGGAAACAGCAAGCAGCCCAUGUUAAAGCUCUCUCCGAAGUGUUGGAAAAACAUAGUAAAGAGCAACAGGACGUGGAGUCAAGCAAUAAUCAGAAGCUCAUGCUGGAAUAUGAGAAAUACCAGGAGCUACAAUUGAAGCUUCAUAAAGUUCAGCAGGAAUAUGAGCAGCAGCUGCACAGCGUGGAGGAGAGCAAGACCCGAGCCCUGGAGGAAAUGAUGCGAUCUUAUGAGGCCAAGCUGGAGGAGAAAAUGAUGCUGGUUACCCAGUAUCAGGACGAAUCCCAGCAGAAGGUUCGGGAAUUUGAUGAAUACAUAAAGCAGGAGGAAGAGGACACAGAUACGGAAAUCCAUGAGAUCCGCAUGAAAUACGAGCAAUAUCUUAAAGAAGAAAAAAAGGCUAACACAAAGCUCAAAGUGGAGCUAGAUACCACAACAAAGCAGUUUCAUGUGCUACAGAGAGAAAUUGAAAACAGGAACAUGGAGAUCGAGAAGCUGAAGCAGGACGCGCAGAAGCUGCAGUCUGUGAUCAAAGCACUCGAGAACGACAUCAGUGGGCUGAAGACUGCAAUUCAGAAGAGAGAUGGGAUCAUACAGGACAAGGAAAAGAGCAUCUACGAGCUGAAAAAGAAGAAUGACACACUUAACAAAACAAUUGACGUGAUGGAGUUCAGGGCUGAAUAUAUGGAAGAGCAGAUUGAGCCAAAGGAGAAAGAAAUCCAGGAGCUGAAGGAGCAGAUGCUGGAGAUGGAGGGAGAGUUGAAGGAGUUUCAUAAGACGAACACACAGCUGGAGCUGAAAAUUGCCGAACUGAGUUUAAAAUUGAAAACCAAAGACAAAGAAAUGCACAAAGAAAUGAGGAAGGUGCAGGACAUUGGGGUUCUGUUACAGAGAUUUAAAGCUGACCUUCACACGUGUGUGGAAUUCAUUCAGGACCCCAAAAGAUUGAAGGACCACAUUCGAGAGCUCUAUAAAUGCUACGUUCAGCCAUCAGAUGUGGUAGAGAAAGUGGCGGUGGAUACAGAUACACUGAAGGAAAACCACAGACAGAGGGAGCACUACGAGAAGAUUAUCACGACACUGAAGAACCAGCUCACCAGGGACACAAACGUCUUCCAGGCCAACAAUACAAAGCUCAUGAAGGACAACGUCACUCUUAUGAAAGAGAUCAAUGAUCUGCGUCAGGAGCUGCGCACUGUUCGUAUGCAGCUGCACAACUACGAGAGUCAAAGCAGCUUUAACAAAACCAACAAGAGCUCCGCUAACAUGAGAGGUGCAGCUUCCGCGGGGAGGAACGGCUUGAUGACGCAGCAGAGUUUAGAAGAAGCAGAGAAGAUCAUUCAGUUCCAGAGGCUGGAGAUGCAGAGGCUCAAGGAGGAGAAUAACAGCCAGACGCCCUCAUCCAGAACCAAACUACCACCACUCACCAACUGAAUACACUUCUUGUGCUUCAUGCACGAAUAAAGUGUCAAAUAGAAGUCAUAAUGGGUGAUUCCAGAUACUAACAAAUUGAGUCAAAUUGCAAAUUACACAGAAUACAGGGCAAUUUCUAACUGAUUAGGCAUUUAUAUCAAAAGAACAGAAAGUAAAGCAAUUUAAAAACGCAAAGAAAUUCAUUUGUAAAACCAUGGUACACUUACUCCUACAUUUUAUCUAAGAAAACACUUUUUUUUAAUAUAUAAUUGUAGCUCAUUAAGCAGUACAUUGAGUUUUUUAUAUCCUAAUGCAUAUUUGUCAGUUUCCAGAUAUAACUGUCCAAACUAAAUUGAGCUUUUGGAGCUCAGAAGUCUAUAUUUUUCUGUGAUGACCGAUGCUUUGCUGCCCUCUUGUGUUUCGGCCUGGAUAAUUUUAAGACGGAAAAUUAAUAAGCAGACGUGAUGAAAUUACAAACUUUUAGAAGUUAAGAGUUUUAGUUUAGUAUUUGCAUACUGAAUAGCCUGCUGAAUCCAUAUUACAUGGUUCUGUGUGUAAUGGCGUGAUGAUGGAUGGACUGAGCUGCAGAUACCGUUCAGUUAAAUGUUCCUGAACGUUCUACUACUACAUAACAUCAUAAACUGGAGCACAGCGCUGUAGUCUACUUAUUGCACGCGACCUGGACCAACGAUGUAUCCGUCUUCCAUAGCAAGUAAAAGUAUGUAUAUACAUACAAUUAUGUUGAAAUGAAUGCCCCAAUCUAUUGUGGAUGACGCUUUUCUUCUACAUGCUGCUGUUUGAGAAAAAAACAAUAAAGUUAAUAAAGUUCAGUAACCUAGAUUCGUUAUAAUGUUAAAUAAAAUGCCUGAGAAAUUUGUAUUAGCACGUGUUAAGGUAAAAAAUCCGUAUGACUGUUUCUGGUCUGCUGUUAUGUCUGUGGGCGACUGUCUCCGCCUACAUGACACUGCGUUUGAGCUGCUGGACCACACUGAUGAAUGUGUUUCCAGACAUGUGACUGGAAACAAAUAAAAGGUAAUUGUUUAAGUUUGCCUGUACUGCAUGCUCCCAUUUUUAUGACAGUGUUGGUCGCAGCUAAGCAUAUACUGUAUCCGUGUGGAAAACUCCAGCAUAUUGGAGCUGGUCAUGUGCUGAUCCUAUGCUGGUCUUCAACAAUUAGUUCCUGAUCAGGGCCAACCUAGGACCAGCACGUGACCAGCUCAAACCAUGCUUCAAAACCUACUUAACCAGCAUAUGCGGUUUUUUCUGCCAGUCUUCGUAGGGAAAGAUCUAUAAAAAUGCAUAAAUAUAUAAAAAACUUAUAUUGUCUGUGUUCCAUGUUUUUCCUGACUCUUUAAAUGCCACUGUUUGAGCUACUACAGUGGUAAAUGUGGGUCUCAACAAACGGUAAGUUCAGUAUCCCAGUGUUACAAUAAAAUCAUGUGUUUAAUUUUAGUACAUCAGAAAAUAAUUGUGUUUCUGAUACUGGUCUUUUGUGUUUCUUUGCAUGCUGGACUCUCUUCAUCUAUUCAACUGAGUGAACCACAAUGUGGAAAUGUGGCAGGAGUUAUGGAUAUCUUUUAACCA